GGGCACCGGGGAUGAGCGCCGCGGGCCGAGGCUGAGUGCUUGGGGGUGGGGACCCAGGCAGCCCGGCCACCGCCGGGCGGCGGCCGCACCUUUGAGGGUGGAGACGGGGACGGGGCGGGGACUGAGACGGGGAAAAGGGGCGGCCGGAGCCUUAAAAAGCGGGGACUGGGGCGGCGCGGCCGGAUGAGCUUGCACACAGCCAUGGUCUGCGGGUCUGUCUCCUGUCUAACUUGCUGGUUCCCUUUGCUGCUGCAGCUGAAUAUGCUCUUUCAAGUAAAUUCCCACAACUGUUCCCCUGAUGAAUACCAGUCUGAAAACAUCUGUUGCAAGAACUGUCCUGCAGGUACAUUUGCCAAGAAGCCCUGCACGACUCCUGGUACCCAAGGACAAUGUGAGAUGUGUGACCCAGGAACAUUCACAGAGAAAGAUAAUGGCCUGUACCAUUGUAUACCUUGUUCCUCCUGUGAUAAAAACCAGGAAAUGGUGACCAACUGCUCUGCCACCAGUAACCAGAAAUGCCAGUGCCAAACACUUCAUUACUCUGACCCAGAAUCUCCAGAAUCGUGCCUCCCAUGUACCAAAUGUCCCCAAGGAAUGUCUGUCCUCCGGGAAUGCAACUCCACAGCUAACACAGUGUGCAGUCCACCUGCUUCAAAUCCCAGAAGCCGGCUAUUCCUACUAUUACCACUUAUAAGCGUGCUAUUUUUGGCCAUUGUUGGCUACUAUUGGCUAAGAAGAUAAAGUUCUACAGAUGUUGUCUUAGCCAUCAUUUUAUUGCUAUGAAGAGACAUGGAGGCAACUCUUUUUGGUU